UCAUGAUUGUAUAUGAAGACAAGUUACACCUGUCCCGAUGUUUGACAGGUUUACGUUUACUACGCAGAAGAUUGGAAAUUGGAGGUCCACGUAGUUGGGCUAGACUGUUUCGUCGAAACUUCAUGUGAAGCAGUCAUAGGGAACAAAGAGUAGAAGAAGAUGAAGAAAAAUAAGGAGCACGACCGUGGCUGGAAGAGGUAGAAAAAUGAGAUUAUCGUGAUUCUCUUCAGAAGUGAAAGAAAGAGUCUUUUAAAGGUUCAACCAUCCUUCAUCUAUCAGCAUGGCUGUGGUGAGUCCUAUGCCUGCAACUGCACCACAGAUCAAUCGUACGAGCAAGCUUCGUGAUGUUGGGGUUCCUGGAAUCAUGACUAGUAGGAGAGAAAUUGUGAGUGAGCCCAGUCCAAGUAUGGUUAAUGAUACACUCUAUGUUGCUGUGGCAAAAGAUGUGAAAGACAGUAAAUUAAAUCUCAUAUGGGCAAUACAAAAUUCUGGAGGAAGGAGAAUUUGCAUCCUUCAUGUUCACGUACCAGCACCUAUGAUCCCUAUGAUGGGUGCUAAAUUUCCUGCAAGUGCACUGAGAGAACAGGAAGUUCAAGAUUAUCAUGAAAGGGAAAGGCAAAAAAUUCCGGAGAUUAUGGAUGCCUAUCUUUAUAUCUGUCAAAGAAUGGGGGUGAGGGCAGGUAAAGUAUUCAUUGAAAUGGAUUGUGUAGAAAAAGGGAUUGUAGAGCUCAUCCACCAGUAUGGCAUACAGAGGCUUGUAAUGGGAGCAGCAUCUGAUAAGAACUAUUCUAGGAGAAUGAUAUCCCUCAAAUCUAAGAAAGCUAUAUAUGUAUCUGAACAAGCUCCAGCUUCUUGUCAUAUACAGUUUGUCUGCAAUGGGUACCUCAUACACACAAGGGAUUGCAGAUUGGAUAGAAGGAAUGUAGAGGUUGGAUCUCCUUCUGUGCUGCAAAUAGCAAACUCUGAAGUUGGGCAUUCGCCUAACAUGGGAUCCCCAUCCUCAGUGGCAGGACAAAAUCGUUGGAGAAAACCAACUAAUCCCGGACAAGAGUUAUUUCGUAGAGUUAGGACUAUCAAUGGUGCACUUCGGAAGAGCAUCGAAUCUGUUUCUUCUUUAGAAGGGUACUUAAUUCCUAAGAGAAAGAUAGGUAAAGGAGCAAGUUCUGAUGAGUUUGAUGAGCAAUCACGAGGGAGUCCUUCAGUAGUCUCAAUGUACUUUGAGAGCUGUUUGGGUGAUGCAGAAUUGAUCCCAGAUUUGAUUAACAAUGGCAGUGAGAAUGUAUUAGGCUUGUCAUUGAAUAACUUUUCUCUGGAUAACAAGGAUCUCCAUUCACCAUCUCCAAGUGUAUUGGAUGAAGGAAUGGAUGAUGCUCUCUAUGGUCAACUUGAACAUGCAAUGGCUGAGGCUUGGAAUGCUAGGCAAGAUGCAUAUCAUGAAACUGUUAGGCGCGUGAAAGCAGAAAAAGAAGCCAAGGAUGCUAUACGCAAGGCUAAAGCCACUGAAAACCUGUUUCAAGAAGAGCUAAAACUAAGAAAAGAACAAGAGGAAGAAGUACAGAAAGCAAAUGAAGAACUUGAUAAUAUGAAGAGCCAGAUAAACAAAGUUAACGAGGAACUCCAACUUGCCUUAGACCAGAAAUUAUCUCUAGAGAAUCAAAUUGCAUCUACUGAACUUGUUGUGAAGGAGUUGGAGCAGAAGAAUAUAUCUGCUGAUGAGUUAUCUCAAAAGUACAAGGAUGAACUGGAUGAGUUGCAAAUGCAACUUGAUAACGCAUUGGGAGAGGCUGAGGAGUUAAGGAGAGAACAAGGGGAAUCCUCAAGCAUGCAACGGCUUCAACCCUUCUCAGAAUUCUCCUUUUCAGAGAUUAAAGAAGCAACAAGAAACUUCAAUCCAUCCCUUAAGAUUGGACAAGGUGGAUAUGGAAGUAUAUUUAAAGGUAUCUUACGUCACACUGAGGUGGCUAUAAAAAUGUUGAGUCCUGACAGUGCCCAAGGUCCAGUGGAGUUUCAACAAGAGGUUGAAAUAUUGAGCAGGUUGAGGCACCCAAAUCUUGUGACACUUAUAGGAUCCUGCCCAGAAUCCUGGACUCUUGUGUAUGAGUAUUUACCCAAUGGAAGCCUUGAAGAUCGUCUCAACUGCAAAGAUAACACACCUCCAUUAUCAUGGCAAACUCGAAUUCGCAUAGCUGCAGAACUCUGCUCGGCUCUCAUCUUUCUUCAAUCAAGUAAACCUCACAGCAUAGCACAUGGUGACUUAAAGCCAGGCAACAUUCUCCUAGAUGCAAACCUUGUAAGCAAGCUCAGUGACUUUGGAAUCUGUCGUAUAUUAUCUUGUCAAGAGGGUUCAAGUAGCAGUACUACACAGUUUUGGAGGACUGUUCCAAAGGGAACUUUUGUGUAUGUGGAUCCUGAAUUCCUUACUUCUGGUGAACUCACACCAAAGUCAGAUGUUUACUCGUUUGGAGUCAUUUUAUUGAGAUUGAUCACUGGUAAACCUGCUCUGGGAAUAACAAAGGAAGUGCAAUAUGCAUUACAUAGUAGAAAGUUGAAAUCCAUCUUGGAUCCAUUGGCUGGAGACUGGCCAGUUAUGCUAGCUGAAGAGCUGGUUCGCUUGGCUUUGAGGUGUUGUGAGAUGAACAGAAAGAACAGACCAGAUCUUCAUCCAGAUGUUUGGAGAAUACUAGAACCAAUGAGGGCUUCUUGUGGACCCACUCAACUGGGUUCUCAAGGAAAAUGCCAACCUCCUCCAUAUUUUAUCUGUCCAAUCUCUCUGGAAGUGAUGCAAGAUCCACAAGUGGCUGCAGAUGGUUUUACUUAUGAAGCUGAGGCUAUACGUGAAUGGCUGAAAAGUGGUCGUCACACUUCACCAAGGACAAACUCUAAGUUAGCACAUCACAACCUUAUUCCCAACCACUCUCUUCGCCAUGCAAUCCAGGACUGGCUUCAAACUCACUGAUCUGCAAGCUUCUCAUUUUUCUCUUUGCUUCUUCAAAGAUGAAGUUCUAAUAUCUAGGAGAACAGAUAUCAUUAUCAUGUUUUUACACAUUUUUGAAGUAUGUAAACAACAUUUUUAUAGCCUACAUGUUGUAUAGGUUGUGCACAUUUUGAGUUCUUGUAAAAAGGUUGCGUAUGUAUAUAUGGUUAAAUAGAUGCUAUUUGUUAUCUUUGCCAAUGAGCAAUGCUAUUUGUUAAUCUUGACUAUUCCAAUGAAUCGUC